AUACAGACUACAGACAUUGCCAAACUGGUCUCCGAAACCUGGCGUGAGCUUGAUCCCGACGAUAAGGAAGUUUGGGAGAAGAAGGCGAGGAAGGAUAAGGCACGCUACGAAGUGGAAAAGGCCAUGUACAAAGGACCUUGGAAGAUACAAGCAAACAAAAGAACUCCGAAAGAUCCCACGGCCCCCAAGCGCCCCAUGUCGGCCUUCCUCGCCUUUUCUAACAAGCGACGGGCCGCUCUUAAGCGCCAGCAUCCCGAUGCGACGAACGCUGACUUAUCCAAGAUGCUUUCCAAGACUUGGAAAGAAGCACCGGAAGAACUAAGACGAAAGUACAUGGACGAAGAGGCGGGGCUUCGAGCCAAAUACAAGGAAUUAAUGGGCACGUGGCGCACUAAGGUU